GCACUGCUAACACCACCACCACCACCACAAAACAUCAACAAUAUCACCGCCUCCACGAUCGCCUACAACUUCAGUUUUCUCUGAAGCAAAACUUUCUCAAAUUCGCUUUCGUUUCUUUCUUUCUCUCUUUCCCUUACUAUCUCUCUCUCAAUCUCUCUCUCUCGCCCUUUCUCUCACUCUCCACACUCGCAUCGACUGUGUAGCUGCGUAUAUAAAAGGGCUUCUUUUAACUGCCUAGAUAAAGGACCUGGAACCCAAAAAAGACGCAAAAAUAAAAAAGAAGGAAGCGAAGAAAAAUACAAGCAAAAUAGAUUGUUAAACCCUGCUCCCAUUCUAAAUAUAGGGAGCAUUUUGCUGUAAACCCAUUUUUCUUACCAAUUUCAACAGUUGGAGAAGAUACGAUACAUACAUAUAUAUAUUUAUAUAAUACCCGAAGGGUUGUGUUUUCAAGUAUUUUUCUAUCAACGAAGUUCGUUCUUACACUCGAUCGUUCGUCCCUUUCUCAGAGGUCAGGUUAGCCCAGUUACAUCGACAUGGCUCAGGAACUUAAGUAUAUGUCUGGCUUUGGCAAUGAAUUUGCCUCCGAAGACCCACGAUGCCCUAACUCCUUACCGAAGGGGCAGAACAAUCCACAGAAGUGUCCUUGUGGUCUAUAUGCAGAGGUGAUUUCAGGGACAGCUUUCACUGCCCCCAGGAAUAGUAACCAGCGCACGUGGCUAUAUCGCAUACGACCAUCUGCUGUCCACCAUCCUUUUGAAAAGAUUGACCGAGGUCUGCUGACCAACAACUGGGAUGAAAUUGAUCCAAACCCUAAUCAGAUGCGUUGGAAGCCAUUCGACAUUCCUAAAGUGGGAGAAUCCAAGAAGGAUUUUGUGCAGGGUAUAUCGACACUGUGUGGUGCUGGAGAUCCUCGUGCUAGGCAUGGUGCUGCUAUCCACAUCUACACCUGUAAUACUUCCAUGGAAAACAAGUGCUUCUAUUCAUCUGAUGGUGACCUCCUUAUCGUUCCUGAAAAGGGGACACUGUCCAUCACUACAGAGAUGGGGAAAAUGACCGUUGAGAACAACGAAAUCUGUGUUAUCCAGCAAGGUAUUCGGUUCAGUGUUUCCGUUGAUGGAGAAAGCCGUGGUUACAUCCUUGAAGUCUAUGAUGGACACUUCACCCUCCCCGACCCUGGACCAAUUGGUCCCAAUGGUUUGGCAUACCCACGGGAUUUUUUGACCCCUGUUGCAUGGUAUGAUGAGAAGGAUGUAAAGGAAUUCACAGUCGUGAGCAAGUAUCAAGGACACCUGUUUGCAGCUGUACAGGACCAUACCGUAUUUGAUGUGGUGGCUUGGCAUGGCAACUAUGCACCAUACAAGUACAACCUCAGCAACUUCAUGGUUAUAAAUGCUGUAGCAUUUGAUCAUGCUGAUCCAUCAAUCUUCACGGUAUUGACAUGUCAAUCUCAAAAACCAGGCACAGCUAUUGCAGACUUCGUUAUUUUCCCUCCACGUUGGUCUGUUCAAGAACACACUUUCAGACCACCCUAUUAUCACCGUAUGUACACAGACUUAUGAGUAUUUUUUCAUUUU